AUGCGUAUCACAGCACUGUGCAAAUUGUAUCGUUCGUUUAUGAUCGUACUGAUUUUCAUGCCUUUCGUUUUCUGCACUAACGAAGUCUAUCAUCGAAGUAAAGAGGAAUCUUAUAUAGAUAACAAAAAGAUAACGUUAACGGUUGAUAAUUCAUGCCAAAAGUAUGGAUGUAUUUGCGAAAACAGCACGAUAAGAUGCAUUGGUGUGGAACCCAGUAGACUUGAUCAAUAUAUUCUCAAGUUGGCGCCAAAUAUUCACAGUAUUUCAUUCACUCUGUGCUCUCAGAAGCAUCUCAAUUUGCGUAUAUUCGAAAAUUUUACUUCUCUGCGCAGUAUUGAAAUCCAUGAUUGUAAUAUAGAACAAAUUUUUCCGUUUGCUUCGGAUUCUCUACAAAACUUACGUGUUCUAAAUUUGAGCCGCAAUUAUUUGUGGAAUUGGGAUGAAAUUUGUGUGGCCUUGAACCAGCUGUCAUCAUUACAAAUAGUUGAUUUGUCUCACAAUUGGUUUUCCAAGUUACCUCAUACUGGUCAAUGUACGAUCAACAAAAUGCAACACCUUAAUUUAUCAUCUAAUCAAGUUAGAGAAUUAUCUGAAGUGCCAAAUGCAGUAUCGUUGGAUAUAUCUUCAAAUGGAUUAACACGAAUUUAUGGUGAAUGGCCAUCUUCAUUAGAAGAUUUAAAUUUAUCGAAUAAUCCUUUAUUGGAACGACUUCCUUCACUUUCCUUAAUCCCUCACUUGUCUAAUUUGAAUAUGGACAAUUGUGGAUUGAUAAUUUUACCAUUACCCAUUUCGUCGAAUUUACGGCGUCUGUCAUUGCAGUAUAAUAGAUUGACUUUUAUCGAUUUCCAUUCACUUGACUUACCGUUAUUGCAGAAGUUGGAUUUGAGGAACAGUUUCCGAUUAUGGAGUAUUCUUGGUACGCUACCCAUUACAAUAAUAGAUUUCCGUUUGACAAAUACACCAAUGAGAUAUCUGCCGCCAGAUUUUUUUAAAAGAGCAAAAAAUCUUCGUUUUAUUGAAAUGAUGCCAAAUAAUUGGAGUUGUGAUAAUUGUCUCAGCAAGUGGAGAGAAAUGCUACCGUUUAAUCUACAACCACAGAUGGAUUGUGCAGACGAUAUACUUAAUAACUGCUCUAUAGGUAUUUCGAGGCGAGUUGAGCGAGAUACUAAAUAUAUUGUAAGAGUUCCUUAUGCAGAAGCAGCAAUUUUGCCAUGUGAUGCAUAUGGUGAGCCACCGUUGUUCAUUGAGUGGUGGCUAGUUAAACCCGAGGUAUUGAUUGGAAGUUAUGGUUUUGAAAAUGGAGUUAUUACAAUGAAUUGGACUCGCGAUGAUAUCUAUGAAAUUAUCCCUGGUGGAUUGCUUCUUAUCAACAGUGCUAAGAAAGAAUUGGUCGAGCGAUACAGAUGUACCGUAUCCAAUUUAAAAGGAAAUGCUUCACAAGUGAUACAUUUUCGUUUGGAUUAUUCAAGUUGGUUCCAUUUGGAGAUGAUGAAGUCAGUGUUUUGGGGCAGCAUCUUAGCUGCAAUUAUUACUUGUGGUGUUACUUUCAUUUUCAAUUUACUUUGGAUCGCCUGCCGACAAAUUGGUUUAUGGUGGAUCAAAAGAAUUGAACGAAAUUCACAUGUUCGUGAAAUGGUUGCUGCUGUAGAAAGAUAUCGACAGCGACAAAUGGCUACACUUUCUGAAACAUACCAUAAGAGAUUGGAGCAAAUACGAGAAAAUUAUCACCAACAGGUUGAUCAGUUAUGCGCAUCCUAUACAUCACAGGCAGAGAGAUUUCAUGAUUAUCGGGCAGCGCAAAUGGAAAGCAUGAAUCAGCAUUUGGAAAGUAUACGGGACAAUUACAAUCAGCAGAUGUGCAAAUUGCGAGAUUACGGUUCGAAAAGAGUUGAACAGCUUUGGGAGGGUUAUGAGCGUCAAGUAAAUCGUCUUAAAAUGUUCUCUUUGCAUCAACGUUUGUGUUUGAUGCGUAAAUACAAAGUGAAACAGCAAUAUCUCAAUAAGCUUGCAGCGAAAUUUGCUGAUAAUUCUUCUGAAACAUUUAUUAGACCGCAACCAGAAGUUAUCUUGACGGGUUCAGUGCGUGAGUUGGACAUUCAAACGCAUCGGCGAAUGGGGUCAUUUCAUUCACUUCCGGAUUAUGUAUUGCGCGAGGACGAUGUUUCAGAAACUUUGCAGUCUGAAAUAGUCCAGAAAUUUCGUGAUCAAAAACUAUAUAUAUUAGAUGCCUAUGAUGUUAAUCACGAUGCACCUUGCUCUUCGAAACAGCUUCAGGGUAAAAGGAACAUAUUGGAGGUACCAGCAUUUCAUCAACGAUAUUCGCUAUCAAAUAUAGGUAGAGAGAAAGAUAAUGUAACUUUGAACUUCAGCGAUGAAAAUGAACCUUUACAUAAUGAUGGCGACACCUUUGCCGAAUGA